AUGCACUCUUUGGUCACCAAUGCAGUUCAUCAUGUUACACCGAGAGAAUGGACCAACGGACACACCAAUGAUAAAUCACAAACCAUUCAUUUCUUAAUUAUCGAGACAUUCAUUAAUAUCGUGGCUGCGUUAAAAAAAAAAGAAGUCGGUCUCCGUGUACCUAAAGGUGGUGUUAUCAGGAUGAUAUUUUUAACCACGAAUGGAAUAUCGCUAAAGUCAUCAGGACAACAAAAUAAGGUAUCGAUACGGGAUGUUCCUUGA